AAAGAGCUCAUCUUCAACUAAACAUCUUUGCUCCACAUGGGUUCACUGUUCUCGCAUGAUAAAACUCAGGUGAGAAACUUUGACUGCCCCGCCUCCUCAAGUCAGGUAUUGAAAACACAUCGUUACAUAACACACUUGUUGAAUGAGGACUAGUAGCAGCCCAUUACUCGACCAUUUUAUGUUUGUUAUCAUAGCUCUCUAAACCCGUAGCACGUUCUAGUCAGCUUUAUAACCGGACAACAGGAUGGUGAGCAGUCAGGUAGAGGCCACCGGGCAAGAUAUUAUGUUGCUAGAAGGCACCGAACACCGCGACUAUUCGUGCGACGGGUCACCGCUGCCAGCAGAAUCUCCUUCAAAUGGAAGGGGGGCGAAUCUACGGACACCGACGAAAAAACCCUCAGAGGACAGUAACGCCAAGAAGAGCUGCCAAACAGGACCGAAAAAACACAAGUCCACAUCUGAAAAGAAAUACCUCGGAGUUAGAGUGAAAAUGCCAGUACGGGACAUUCUCAGAAAUAUACGUAUUGCCAAGGGUAUUGACAAUAAAGAUCUGCAGGGGAAAAAAUCUAAGGCAUCUAAAGGGGAAAAGAAACGAGUUACCACCGGUAGAAACCGGAGACAUUUUCUGAAGAAACAUCAAACAAAGGGUCUGGAAGAGCUUGCUAUUAUAGUAGAAGUGUUGGAGGAGGAUCUUAAGACCUGUCAGUCAUACAGAUCACCAAACAAAACCCAUUCAGCUUCAUACUCUUCAGAGUUCGGGGUUGAAGAAGCACCUCAACAGGGUUUGAUGAACACAUACGGUCAGGAGAAUGAGAUCCCUCAAUCUCCAAGCUACUUCGUACCCUCUGAAACCUCGCCUGUCCAUUCUGUGUGCAGCUCUUACCCGUCCCCAUCUUACAGCCAGGGUACCGAUGUCUUCUUUGGGAAUCAGGAAGAAUAUAGCAGUUAUGAGUCAGAUAAGUACAGGUAUGAUGAUCUAUAUGGAGUGAGCUGCUCUGCUGCAAACUCAUACGAAUACCAAGUGCCCUCCCCACAAGAAUCAUUCCAUCCAAGUCCCACCCCAGAAGUCUGGGAGGUCUCUCCACAAAAGAUGAAGUGUCCACCAUGGCCACAAUCUCAGCAGGAGGAGUGCAGCGUUAUGACCUUCUUCUGUACUCAAAUGGAAAGAGAGGAGAAUCUGCUGAAGGAGAUAUCUGACCAAGAGCUUCUUGCUGUAGACGAAAACGGAAGGAUUCUUUUACACAGAGUUGUUGAGGAGGGAAAGAGAUCCCUUGUGUAUGUUAUUGCCAGAAGGAUGAUGGCUCUGAAGAAACUAGAUAUCAAAGAUUCAGAGGGAAAGACUCCUCUUCAUCUUGCUGCACAGAAGAAUCAACACUUCAUGGUGGCUGAUUUGGUGUCACUUGGUGCAAAUAUCAAUGCGAAGGACCGAUAUGGGAAGACAUGUCUCCAUCUCAGUGCAGAGAAUGGAUAUAUUCGAGUCUUGGAGGUCCUGAAAGGUUUAAUGAGAAUUGGCGUGUAUGUUAAUUUGGAGGAAAGAGAUGCAAACGGGCUCAGUGCGUUGCAAUGUGCAGCAGUAGCUCUUAACCACACUGUGCGGGAACUGGAGCUGUACGAGUCUGCAGGCCAUCUUAGACUGCACACUCUUCGCAAGGAGCAGAUGAUGGAAACGCUCGAGUGCCUCCUUCAAAUGGAGUGCUUUAUACAUGCUCCGGAACAUGGUCGCCUCAAUACGAUGAACAGUGUUGAUUCCAAGCCGUGUGGACAAGCAGCCUUCUUUCAGUCAAAUAAAAUCAAGGCCAUCAACAACAUGAUUUAG